AUGGCAGAGUCGAUACCAGCUCACGAAAAGGAGGCGCCUUCUCCAGAUGCCGAGGCGGGAGUUUUGGACGACACGAGGACCCCCACGCCCGCCAAAGAAGAUGAGAGUUUUAUCACUGGUUUCCGGCUGGUCACUGUCAUCAGCAGUGUCACACUAGUGGUGUUUCUCAUUCUACUGGAUCAAUCCAUCAUCAGCACGGCCGUUCCCCAGAUUACUUCGGACCUCAAGUCUCUGUCCGACUGGGUCUUCUUGAUCUUUGUUUUUGUCUUCGAAAUCGGCUCUCUUAUAUGUGCCCUGGCCAACUCAUCGUCGAUGCUCAUUGGCGGUCGCGCCGUAGCUGGCUUGGGCUGCUCCGGGUUGGUGAACGGAGGAAUGACUAUCAUUUCCGGCUCUGUCACCAUAGCAAAGCGUCCUCUAUAUACCGGCAUUAUGAUCGGAGUUGGCCAGAUCGGACUGAUCACCGGACCUCUUAUUGGCGGUGCACUCACGGAAUACACGACUUGGAGAUGGUGUUUCUGGAUCAAUCUCCCUCUCGGAGGAGUAGCGGCAUUUUUCCUAUUGCUCAUCCGCAUACCAGAUGUCACUGUGAAAGAUCCAUUCGGCCUGGCCCUAGUGCGCAAGGCACUGCCUGAUCUCGAUCUCGUCGGAUUUUCGCUGUUCGCACCGGCAUCCGUAAUGUUUCUGCUGGCUUUACAAUUCGGAUCCAAUAAUGCAUAUGCAUGGAAUGAUUCCGUCAUCAUCGGCCUGUUUGUCGGCGCAGGUGUCACGGCCAUCAUCUUCGGUUAUUGGGAGUGGCGUGUCGGAGAUAAGGCGAUGAUACCAGGAUCCUUGGUAAAGCAGCGCGUUAUCUGGACGAGUUGCGGCCAGAUCUUCUGCAUGAUGUUUUGCGUCUUUGUGGCCAACUUCUACCUGCCCAUCUAUUUCCAGGCCGUCAAGGGCAAUAGCCCCACAAUGAGCGGCGUAUAUCUGCUGCCCGGCAUUUUAAGUCAAUUAUUAUUCGUCGUCUUGUCAGGAUUUGCUGUAUCUAAACUUGGAUAUUACCUACCCUGGGCGGUUUCCGGCGCUGCAGUAGUGGCCAUAGGAUGUGGCCUUGCAUCAACUUUCCGCCCAGAUACCAGCACGGGGAAAUGGGUUGGCUACCAGAUCAUCCAGGGGGCUGGCCGUGGUGCUGGAAUGCAAAUGUCUCUUGUUGCCACGCAGAAUGCUUUAAGAGCCGACCAAGUUGCCGUCUCUAUCGCCCUCCUGAUUUUCUGCCAGAAUAUUGGCGGCGCAAUAUCGAUUGUUGUGGCCAACACCAUCUUCACACAAAGUCUAUUGGAGGAUCUCCCUCUUCUUGCCCCUUCAGUUUCACCUGCGGCAGCACUAGCUGCUGGCAGCAGCGCGUCAGGGGUCAGAGCGCUGCUACCACCCGGCAGCCCAGAGUUACCAGGACUUCUACUCGCAUACUCGUACGGCGUCGAUAAAGUAUUUUAUUUGCUCGCUGGUUUCGCAGUCGCCACAUUUGGUUUUGCCUGGGGGAUGGGCUGGAAGGAUGUCCGUAAGAAGGGCGAAGAGGGCAAGAAAAGUGAUAACACCGAUGUCAAUUCCAGCAAGGACGAGCCGAAGAUCGAAUCGGUCCAAAAUGUCUAG